AACGGCUGAUAAUAAAGCCUCAGAGUUAAUCGUAGCCGUUCAAUCGUCUAUAGAAAGACGAUAUAAAUGCUAAAAGAUUGAACUCACAGACCUAGGGUUUCACAGCGAACAUAUAGCGCGCCUCGUUCUCUCUAGUAUCUGAUUCGAGAGAAUUUAGAAGGAAAGAAGCAUGUCUCAUCGCAAGUUUGAGCACCCAAGGCAUGGCUCCUUGGGAUUUCUUCCAAGAAAAAGGGCUGCUCGUCACCGUGGGAAAGUGAAGGCCUUCCCUAAGGAUGAUCCAUCAAAGCCAUGCAGGUUGACUGCUUUCUUGGGUUACAAGGCUGGGAUGACACACAUUGUUAGAGAAGUUGAAAAGCCAGGAUCGAAGCUCCACAAAAAGGAAACUUGUGAAGCAGUGACAAUUGUUGAAACUCCACCAAUGGUUGUUGUUGGGGUUGUUGGUUAUGUUAAAACACCCCGUGGCCUCCGCUCUCUUAGUACUGUUUGGGCCCAGCAUCUUAAUGAGGAGGUGAAGAGGAGAUUUUACAAGAAUUGGUGCAAGUCCAAGAAGAAGGCCUUCACAAAGUAUUCAAAGAAAUAUGAAAAUGAUGAAGGUAAAAAGGACAUUCAGGCACAGUUGGAGAAAAUGAAGAAGUACUGCUCUGUGAUUCGUGUCUUAGCUCAUACCCAGAUUCGAAAGAUGAAAGGUCUUAAGCAGAAGAAGGCCCACCUGAUGGAGGUUCAGGUUAAUGGUGGAGAUGUUGCUAAGAAGGUUGAUUAUGCGUAUAGCUUUUUUGAGAAGCAUAUUCCCAUUGAUGCUGUGUUCCAGAAAGAUGAGAUGAUUGACAUUAUUGGAGUGACCAAGGGUAAAGGUUACGAGGGUGUGGUGACCAGGUGGGGGGUAACUCGUCUCCCUCGCAAGACUCACCGUGGGCUUCGCAAGGUGGCUUGUAUUGGUGCCUGGCAUCCUGCUAGGGUUUCAUUCACUGUUGCCAGGGCUGGACAGAAUGGCUACCAUCAUCGCACAGAGAUGAACAAGAAGAUUUACAAGCUUGCAAAGGCUGGUCAGGAGUCUCAUUCCGGCAUCACUGAGUUCGACAGGACUGAAAAGGAUAUAACACCAAUGGGAGGAUUUCCGCAUUAUGGCGUGGUGAAAGAUGAUUACCUGAUGAUAAAAGGUUGUUGUGUGGGCCCAAAGAAGCGUGUUGUCACCUUGAGGCAGACUCUGCUGACACAGACAUCUAGGGUUGCAAUGGAGGAGAUUAAACUCAAGUUCAUCGAUACAUCUUCCAAGUUUGGCCAUGGCCGCUUCCAGACAUCCCAGGAAAAGGCCAAGUUCUAUGGACGGGUCAAAGCUUAAAAGGAUUGAGAAUGCAUCUAUUACUAUGAACUUUCAUUUGCUUUUGAGUCAUGUGAGAAUUCUCUCAUGUCCAAGGAUGAUUUCAAAUUUUGUGUUUCAAUUACUGUUUUCAGUACUAGAUCUUUUCUUUUAUUGGUUAGUUGAAAAUUUUUGGUUGUGUUUUAUCACAAUGGAUGAAUGCUAAAAUAAGAAUAUGUUUUGGUAUGAUCUCUACUUCUGAUAUUGGCUCUA